UUGUUUAAACAAAAAAAAGGCAAACUAUUUGAAUUUUAGCAACCAGGAAAUGGCGUAGCGAUUUCUGUGCAUUCUGUGAAGUUCACAAUCCAGGCAAAUGGUGGCGAUAAUGCACGACUAGUUGGUUUGGCCGUGACUAAAAACAUAUAUCAAAUAAUAUUUAUUUUUUUGUGGUUUCCGGGACUUGCCGCUCAUGGUUUCUGCGUACUUGCGUCCAUCCGGUCCUCAGUGUCCUGUGCGAAUGCUGUAGAGCAAUGGCGGCGUGCCGGGUAUCCUCGUCGAAAUGGUUUUUCACCCGGGAGCAGCUCGAAGCCACGCCGUCCCGCCGUACGGGAGUGGAGCCGGAUAGAGAGCUCUCUUACCGACAGCAGGCGGCAAACCUCAUUCAAGAUAUGGGCCAGAGACUCAACGUCUCACAACUUACAAUAAAUACAGCAAUUGUUUACAUGCAUAGAUUUUAUAUGUACCACUCUUUCACCAAAUUCCACAGAAAUAUUAUUUCUCCAACCACAUUAUUCCUAGCUGCAAAAGUUGAAGAGCAACCUCGGAAACUGGAGCAUGUCAUUAAGGUUUCGCAUGCUUGUCUAAACCCUCAAGAGGCCCCGCUUGAUACGAAGAGUAAUGCAUACCUCCAGCAAGCUCAAGAGCUGGUGAUACUUGAAACCAUAGUGCUGCAGACUUUAGGAUUUGAAAUAACUAUUGAACAUCCACACACUGAUGUGGUGAAAUGUUCCCAGCUAGUGAGAGCAAGCAAGGAUCUGGCACAGACUUCCUAUUUCAUGGCUACCAACAGCCUCCACCUCACCACGUUCUGCCUGCAGCACAAGCCCACAGUCAUCGCCUGCGUCUGCAUCCACCUGGCCUGUAAAUGGUCCAACUGGGAGAUCCCUGUCUCUACUGAUGGGAAACACUGGUGGGAGUACGUGGACAACUCUGUCACACUGGAGCUGCUCGAUGAACUGACACAUGAGUUCCUUCAGAUUCUGGAGAAAACGCCGAGCAGGUUGAAGAGGAUACGGAACUGGAGGGCCACACAAGCUGCCAAGAAGCCCAAGGGAGAUGGCUCUCAGGCAAAUGACCCCUACCCAGGACCCUCCCUGGUCCACGAACAUUCCCUGGGAGACGGCAUCCCUGGGGUCUCCAACUCAACCUUCUCCAAAGCCGCCGCCUCGUUCCCUGUCCCUCUGCCGGGGCACGCCAGUGGACCCCUCUCCCUGGACUCCAUAGCCUCUAUGCAGGGCAGCUCCUACACCUUCACCACCCCCAGCGACUGGCCCCAGGACACGGGGGGUCGCUCGGAGGGAGGAGGCUAUUCCCUCAAAACAGAUGCACUAGGCCUCCAGGGGGCUUCACUGUCUCUGCAUCACGGCUCUCUAAACCCACACAGACCAGAUAAGACCGUGGAGUUCAACCCUACUAAACAUGAACACAAGGCUGUAGGGGGAGGGGGGAAGCACCAGCAACAGCAGCCCGUUUUCCCUCCACCGCCCCCGCCGGCCCAGAAAAUGUCCCUGGACAAGUACAGAGAGAAGCACGCUGCCGAGCUUGCGGUGCAGCAGCAACGCAGACAGACAGAGCAGCAGGAUAUGGAGCCUGAGAGCAGGGAUGCCUAUAUACCCUCUGUCCAGUCAGACCACAGGAAACACAUGCAGCCCCACCCUAACCCAGGGGGCAGCAGCGGCACCACUGCCCCUCCUCUUAAAAUGAAGCUGGCCAUGCCAGGCCAGGACAGGCUCCCCUCUGACAAACGGGACAAGGGGGGCUCACUCAAACUCCGCCUCCCAGUUCCUUCUCAGGGGGGCGUGGCCAGCAAAGAGGAGCUGAAGAUGAAAAUCAAGGUGUCCUCUGAGCGCCACAGCUCUUCUGACGAGGGCGGGGCCAAGAGCAAACAUUCCAGCCCGCUGGUAAGCAAGGAGAAGCAUCGGGACCACUCUGCCCACCGCCACCACAAGCAGCACGGACACUCUCACCUCCAUUCAGCACAGCACAGCGGCAAUGGCAGGGGGGGCCUUGAGGGGCCAGCGGGGGUUGGGCCGGCCCUCCUCCGGAGCCCCCUGGGGUUAGGGGGCGUUGAGGGGGUGGCGGGCCCAGCCCUUGCUUCUGGUUCCAGCUCCUCCCGCAAGAGGGCGCACCCCAACGUCGCCGGCCACAACCACCACUCCUCCUCCAAAACGAGCAAAAGCUCCAAGGGCAGCGCAGGUGGGCUACGGACAUCUCAGCACCCUAGUGAAACUGGACAAGAAGCCAGUGGAGAGCCGCGGCCCUGAGGUCGCCGGCUGGGGUACGGCCAGCACCAAACAGACACACGUUUCCUGUUAAGUGCCCAAUGAAUGAACUCAUGAACCCUUUUAUAGCAAGGCAAUGGAAGGUAAAGCAAAAAAUAUAAAGAAAAGUGUAGGACAAAAAUAUAAUGAUUAUGCUUCCCGAUCAUCUGAUCUCUUGGCAGUGCUGGUAUAUCCUGUCCGUUUCUAUGUGUAGUUGCUGCUUUGUCCUCCGGAUUCUCUGGAUGGGUCUUGGAAUGUGGACGUGUCAGGGGGUCAACUUAGUUUAAAUGAUGAAAAAAGGUAUUAUAAAUACUGAAAAGGUAUGAAAGAUGCAAUUUCUUUUCUUUUUAAAUAAUAAUUAAAACAGCAUUUCCACAACUGUAAUCCAUUCUGGUGGGAAAACAAGGCAAGCAGUCCUCUCCGUUAUGGCUGGAGGUGGGCUUCCCUCAGUCGGUAAUAGAGAAGGAAGGCCAGGCACGCCAAACAUGGCCGCCAAUGGAAGCUGGAUUUUUAGUUUCUUUCUUGAAUGAGUGUCUCUCUUUUUUUAUACUCAAUACUGUAUUGAUGAUUCACAUGUUUCUAGAUGAUUCACAUGUUUCUAGAUGAUUCACAUGUUUCUAGAUGAUUCACAUGUUUCUAGAUGAUUCACAUGUUUCUAUCGUCAAAGGGAUAAAGCAGAACGCUGACUGCUGUUUACAGAAAGUGGAGAUAAAUGUACAUACGUUUUUGUAUGUUUAAAAAGCUAUACCAUAAAUACUCAGGGUUGGAACUGCUUGUAUGUAAGUAUAACAAGAUCUAUAUAUAUAUAUAUAUAUAUAUAUAUAUAUAUAUAUAUAUAUAUAUAUAUAUAUAUAUAUAUAUAUAUAUAUAUAUGAUGGGAAGAAAAUACUAUUGUGAUUUGAUGUAGGAGUCCUAUCUUUGGUGAUUCUAACUGCAGCGUUCCAGUGUUGUACUUAGAGCCUGUACUAUGCAUGGCUGCCGGUAGAGGGCACUCGACCUUCAACCUUUCCAUCCCUUUGUAGAGUCUGGAUUUCCUCCAAUGCAGACCCUACAAACAGUACCAACCACCUGGCAUGUUGUCAGAGGCCAUGCAAUUUGUACUCAUUAUAAUUAUUUUGACCUCCAAGACCACCUUAAGCUGGAUGCCAAAGGCUGUCCCUCGCAAAAAAAACGAAAGACAUACAUGAGGACAGUAAUACUAGUGCUAUAGAGUUUACAUGCCUAACCUUUUCUGUGAAGUGCAUUUACAUAAAAUCGUUACUUGGCUUGACCCUGUAGCCCAUAGAUGCAAAGCUGUAAAUCAGUAAUGGUAAAUAAUGUAGGAUUGUUGAUGUCCAGCGACGCGGCAGAAAAGUAGCCUGGUUGCCAGUGUUUCUGAUCUCUUGUCAAGUCCUUUUAUUAAUAGCUUGACAAUGACAAUGGAGUAGGCAAGAGCACAAACAGAUCUGGCACCAGGAUAGGAGAAAAGGCUAUUGGGCUUAACGUUCCAUCAGUGUUGUUGAUACAGUACGGUGGCUCGUGUGCUGUCACAGGUCAGUUUCCUACUGUAUAUGGCAGAUAUCAUUCUCAAUUGUGGACACAAACUAAGAACUGUUCUUUGACUGGUUAGUCCUUUUAUUUCAGUGUGCAGACAGUUCGUAUUGAGGCCAAGAUGGUAUAUUCCACCAGUAUUUAUACUUUUAGGCACAGACGUUAGUGGUUUGAUGAUAAGAAGGCAAGCGCAAAUCUUGACAACCAGUUUUAUUAUUUUAUUUAAGUUCUACAAAUAAAUCUUAAGGUUAACACUACCUUAAAACUUGA